CUUCGGAGCCCGCUGUACUUGGGUUCCGCGUGGGAGCCGGCAGUUCCGGGCCUCCUACCCCUCGCCUGUUCUACGGGCCCAAGCCUGGGAGAAAGGUGGCAGCGGUGGGCCGGCCGGACCGCAGGGAAUUUAGUUGUGUUGUCCUGCCUCACAGAACAAACUAAUUUAUUACAAGCCAAACCUGGAUUGCUGCAUUUGUAAACAAGGUUUGUAAAGUAUCAACAUGGAACUUCCAGAGAUGUCCUACUUCACAACUUAAUAAAUAACAAGAGCCACAUGUGUUUCUUUGAGGGAGGUUGAACCGGCCUGAAUUGGAGGAGAGGACAACAUAAUGUAUGCUCAACCUGUUACUAAGACCACAAAGGUCAAGUGGCAGAAAGUCUUAUAUGAAAAGCAACCUUUUCCCGAUAAUUAUGUUGAUCAACGGUUCCUGGAAGAACUCCGGAAAAAUAUCUAUGCCAGGAAAUAUCAAUAUUGGGCUGUGGUAUUUGAAUCCAGUGUGGUCAUACAACAGCUGUGCAGUGUCUGUGUUUUUGUAGUUAUCUGGUGGUAUAUGGACGAGGGUCUUCUCGCCCCCCACUGGCUCUUUGGAACUGGCCUGGCCUCUUCAUUAAUUGGGUAUGUUUUGUUUGAUCUCAUUGAUGGAGGUGAUGGGCGUAAGAAGAGUGGGCGAACCCGGUGGGCUGACCUGAAGAGUACUCUUGUCUUCAUUACUUUCACUUACGGCUUUUCACCAGUGUUGAAGACCUUGACAGAAUCUGUUAGUACUGACACCAUCUAUGCCAUGUCAGUCUUUAUGCUGUUAGGCCAUCUUAUCUUCUUUGAUUAUGGUGCCAAUGCUGCUAUUGUGUCCAGUACACUGUCCUUGAACAUGGCCAUCUUUGCUUCUGUUUGCCUGGCCUCACGUCUGCCCCGAUCCUUGCAUGCUUUCAUCAUGGUGACAUUUGCUAUCCAGAUUUUUGCCCUGUGGCCCAUGUUACAGAAGAAACUGAAGGCAUAUACCCCACGAAGCUAUGUAGGAGUCACAUUGAUUUUCGCAUUUUCAGCUUUUGGAGGCCUUCUCUCCAUUAGUGGUGUGGGAGCCAUACUCUUUGCUCUUUUGCUUAUUUCCAUCUCAUGUCUCUGCCCUUAUUACCUCAUUCGCCUACAGCUAUUGAAGGAAAACAUUCAUGGGCCUUGGGAUGAAGCUGAAAUCAAAGAAGACUUGUCCAGGUUCCUCAGCUAAAUUAGGGACCUCCGGUACAUUAUUAAGGCAAGAUAAUAGACUCACAUCUUAACCAAAACAACAUUUGAAGACAGUGCCAUUCUGGAAGCAACAGAUUAAUGUGGGUGAGAGAACUCAGGUAGAAGAAUAUUAACCAGAGGCUUAGGAGGGAAAGGUGUAUGUCCUUCUGUCCCUUUGUGGAUGAAAAAGCUUUCUGGUGUCAUCUUGAAUUAUUGCCUCUAAUUAAUUUUUCACUGUAACAAAUGAUGUGGUUUUUACUAAUUAAAAAAGUAACAUCCA